AUGGGGAAGACAUCUAAGCAGACCAAAAAGUUUCAAAACAAGCACUUGAAGCAUACGAUACAGCAUCGUAAGAAGGCUCAAGAUUUCAAAAAGAAAGCAUCUAUGAGGAAGGGGAAGGGGAAAGCGAAAGGGAAUGAGGAACCAUAUGAAGAACCAUCAAAGAAUGGCUCCAGUUUAGGGGACAUGUCGGUUGAUGAAUUCUUUGCUGGAGGUUUCGAAAUGCCAGAAGGAAUGGAAAAGAGUAAGAAGAAGUUGGAAGAAUCGGAUGAUGAAGCCUCACUGUCAGAUGAGUCUUCAGAAGAUGAGGAGAAUAUGAAAAAGAAUCUUGAAAAUUUGGAGGAACAAGAUCCUGAAUUUUACAAAUACUUGAAAGAAAAUGAUAAUCAAUUAUUAGAUUUUGAAGGAGUUAACCCAUUGGAGGCCAUGAGCGAUGAUGAUGAUGAUGGUGAUGAUGAAGACGAGGAGCAAGACGAAGAUGAAGAGGAUGAAACCAAGAGUAAAAGCAACAAGUCACUUACGUCCACAAAGGAUCCAACGAAUAAGGUGGAGAUUACUACUCAACUUGUGGACAAAUGGAGCAAGCAGUUGGAAAAACCCACACCAAAAAUCAUUAGAAACAUCAUUAUUGCUUUUAAAGCUGCUGUGAAUAUAAACAACGGAGAAGACUACAAAUACUCUGUAGUUGACCCCAAAGCAUUCACUGAAUUGAUGUUGAUGGUUUUAAAGAAAGUUCCAAUGGCCGUGCAAAAGAUUGUAAAAUACAAGACUAAGCAAGGAGUUAGAACUAUUCCACAAAACGCUCAAGCUAGUCAAAUUGGUUCAAUUUUGAAAACACACGCCAGUUCGUAUAUCACUUUGCUCAAGGAUAUCACCAAUACCGAGACUGCAGCUAUUAUUUUAGCUUCACUCUAUGAAGUUAUGCCUUAUUAUUUGUCGCAUCGUCGUUUGUUGAAGCAAAUCAUAACUGCUGUUGCAAAUGUAUGGGCCAGCUCUAAUGAAACUGAUACCCAAAUCGCUUCGUUUGCCUUCAUCAACAAUAUUGUAAGAGAGUACCCAAAAUCAAUUUUGGAAACAGUGUUGAAGAUUUCCUACUCAUCUUUUUUGCAACAUUGUAGAAAAACCAACUCACACACUAUUUCAAGAAUAAAUUUUUGCAAAAAUUCUUUGGCUGAGUUGUUCAGUGUCGAUGAGACCAUUGGGUACCAGAUUGGGUUUGAGUAUGUCAGACAACUAGCAAUACAUUUGAGGAAUAGUGUAAAUGGGAAAGGUGGGUUUGUGACCAUAUACAACUGGCAGUAUUGUCACUCACUUGAUUUCUGGUCAAGAGUUUUGUCGCUUUGCAAGGAAGACUCAACGUUGAGACAAUUGAUUUACCCAUUGGUACAGGUAACAUUAGGUGCGAUCAGGUUGAACCCAACUGCUCAAUUCUUCCCCUUACGAUUCUACUUGAUAAGGUCGCUUUUAAGAUUAUCCAAAACUGGCGUGUACAUACCGUUGUUUCCAUUAUUGUAUGAAAUCUUGUCAUCCACAGCCAUCACUAAAUCACCAAAACCUUCCGCAUUGCAAAUUGUCGAUUUCGAACACAAUAUCAAAGUAAAUCAAGCUUACUUGGGAACCAAAGUGUACCAGGAUGGCUUGUGUGAGCAAUUUAUCGAAUUGAAUUCAGAAUUUUUUGGAUUGUAUGCUAAAAGUAUUGCUUUCCCUGAAUUAAUCACUCCGGCUGUUCUUGGAUUGAAGAGAUUUACUAAAAAAUCAAAAAAUGUCAAGUUCAACAAACAAUUGAAUCAGUUGAUCGAGAAGCUUAAUGCAAAUGCUCAGUUAAUUUCACGCAAGAGGUCCAAUGUUGAAUUUGGUCCAAGUGACAAGCGUGAAGUAAAGGAUUUCCUCAAUGACUUGAGUUGGGAGAAAACUCCUCUUGGACAGUACAUUGUUGUUCAAAGACAACAAAAGGAAGAAAGACUUAGGUUGUUUAAAGAGGCCCAAGAGGAGGAAGAAAGGGCAAAGGAGCAGAAGAAAAAACAAGAGGAAGAAGAAGACGAGGGAGAGUAUAUAGAAGACGAAGAGGAGGAGUUGAACGAUGAGGAUAUGCUGGAUUAG